GUUUGCCUUUGCCGUUUUUCUUACGCGCGCAGCCGGCGUGGCUGCGAGGAAGGGCCAUUCACCCCGCCGCUCUCGUGGGCGGCCUGUAACAGCACUCGUGCAACGGAGGAUGGCUCUGGGAGGUAACUCUGGAAGCCAUGGACAUGCUCUUCAGAAUAAGAGGAGGCUUGGAUUUGGCGUUUCAGCUAGCAACUACUGAUGAAGCAUCAGCAAAAAGUGCAUUGAAAUACGUUUUCAGUGAUCUUGCAAAUAAGCUGUCCUCAGAUGUUCUUGUAUUAAGAGUUUGCCACAGUUCAGUCUAUGUGUGGCCCAACAAUGGUAUCAACACUAUUCCAGAGCUGACUGAUGAUUCUGCUUGCAAGGAGAUAAAACGAUUUAUACACUUUGAUCAAGAUGAUGUGACCCGACGAAAGCUUGGCAAGAAAAAGGAUAAAAAGCUACAAGACAUGCAGCAGGUAAUCAAUAUUGACCUCAUGUUAGAGAUGACAUCUUCAUUAGAUGCUUUGGCUCCAGUCAUCGAAAGAGAAAAUAAGGAGCACCACUACAUUAAUAUGACAUUGCCAGUUGAUGUUGUUGUUUCUGUUUCUCCAGAAGAAACGUGGGGAAAGGUACAAAAUCUCCUGGUGAAAGCAAUUCACAAGCAAUUAACUGAUAUGGAAAGAUGCAUCAUGAAAUACAUGAAGGGAACAUCAAUUGUGGUACCAGAGCAGUUUCAUUUCAUGUUACCAGGAAAAAAUCACCUUGUAACAAUUUCCUAUCCUACAGGUAUUUCAGAUGAUCAACUGGAAAGUUAUAGAAAGGAAUUGCAUGAGUUGUUCAACCUGCCGUGUGACAGACCGUAUUUCAAGAGAGCAAACGCUUACCAUUUUCCAGAUGAACCAUAUAAAGAUGGCUAUCUCAGAAAUCCACAUUCACAUCUUAAUUCACCUGGUCCUGAGUCUGGUGUGGUUUAUUUGGUGCAUGGCACAUACAGUUACCAUCACUAUAUGCAAGAUCGGAUUGAUGACAGCGGCUGGGGCUGCGCUUAUCGGUCUUUGCAGACCAUCUGUUCUUGGUUCAAGCAGCAAGGUUAUGUUGAUGCACCUAUACCAACACACAAGGAAAUUCAGCAGGCCCUGGUUGAUGCUGGAGACAAACCUGCAGCAUUUGUUGGGUCACGGCAAUGGAUUGGUUCAAUUGAGGUGCAGCUUGUUUUGAAUCAACUCUUCGGAAUAACGUCAAAAAUAUUAUUUGUCAGCCAGGGUUCUGAACUCGCCUUGCAGGGAAGAGAACUUGCUAAUCAUUUCAAGACUGAAGGAACUCCAGUUAUGAUUGGUGGAGGUGUUUUGGCUCACACAAUACUAGGAGUGGCGUGGAAUGAAAUAACAGGGCAUAUAAAAUAUUUGAUUCUAGACCCACAUUACACUGGAGGAGAAGACCUGCAUGUUAUUUUGGAAAAGGGCUGGUGUGGUUGGAAGGGCCCGGACUUCUGGAGCAAGGAUGCCUAUUAUAACCUGUGCCUACCUCAACGACCAAAAACUAUUUAAAUCCCGGUCUUAUGCAAGAACAUGCUUAGCCAGAGUACUAGCAGGCCUAGAAGUAACUGUCUUUUUAGUUAGCAGACUAAUAUUUUAAAUUGAUCAAAACCCAGCUGAAAUAGAAAUGUUACAUAUAUAAUUUAAAUCAA